AUGAACACGGGGGCCAGUAAUAAUAUGAUGUCCUCAGCAUCAGCAUCUGGGAACAACGGGCAGUCGCUGGUUAUAAAGACGUAUUUUAAGUCCCCAGAAGGCAAGUACAAGCUUCAGUAUGAGAAGACUUAUCCUGCUGGUCUUCUUCAGUAUGCCCAUGGAAAAACUGCUACUCAGGUAACUCUUGCUCAUCUUAAGGAUAAGCCAGUGCAGACAUCGUCGUCAUCAAGUUUGGGCAUAGGUGGUGGUGUGAGGUCAGCAGCAGCAAGAUUCUUGGGUGGGGGAAAUGGGAGUAGGUCACAUAAUUUUGCUGGAGGAAGUAAGUUGGUGAGUAGCACCAAUAGUAGAAUUGGAUCAUUAGGGACUUCAAUAUCCAAUAGUGUUGCUGGUAAUUCAAACUUUGAUGGCAAAGAGACUUACUUGAUUUUCAACAUCAGUGAUGCAAUUUUCAUUAGCGAUUUAAAUUCUCAUGAUAAGGAACCUAUGAAGUCUAUACACUUUGGUAACUCAAAUCCUCUGUGCCACGCAUUUGAUCCUGACGCAAAGGAUGGGCAUGAUUUGCUUAUUGGUUUAAACUCUGGAGAUGUUUAUUCGGUGUCUCUAAGCCAACAGUUACAAGAUGUCGGUAAGAAGCUUGUUGGGGCACAGCAUUAUAAUAAAGAUGGUUCUGUAAACAAUAGUCGCUGCACUUGUGUUGCCUGGGUCCCUAAUGGGGAUGGUGCUUUUUUUGUUGCUCAUGCAGAUGGAAAUAUGUAUGUAUAUGAAAAGAACAAAGAUGGUUCUGGUGAUGCUUCAUUUCCUGUUAUCAAGGAUCAAACUCAAUUUUCUGUAGCACAUGCACGUUACAGUAAGGUUACUUAUCUCAUUAUCAUUUGGUUCUUCCCCUCGGAGUUUGGCAGUGAUGUAAAUCGUACUCAUGCUGUAGAGCCAGCAAAGUCCAUGUUUGCAAUCAAGGCCCAAAUCCGCAAAACCAUCGAGGCAGAAGGGAUUCCUUACACCUAUGUGUUCUCCAACUAUUUUGCUGGCUACUCUCUUCCAACAUUGGUACAGCCGGGAGUCACUGCUCCUCCAACAGACAAAGUAAUCGUACUAGGAGAUGGAAACGCCAAAGGCAGGGAUUUGCAGUCAUUAUCUGGGAACAGUACUUCCAAGGUCGGGCUCUUGAGCGUGAAAGAGAUUACAAAACUAGAUUCCAAUCAUCAACGCACAUUGCAGUUUCGUAACAUAAAUAUUUCUACCAUUGAAGAUGCUUUGAAGUUCGAAAUGGGAGAUUUUCUUAUAGGAAAUGUAUCAACAGGUUUUUGUAAGGGUGGUUGUGCUGCUAUUAUCGAUUCUGGAACGUCCUUGCUUGCUGGUCCAACUGUUGGAAACAAGUUUAUAGUAUUUGCUCUUUAA